CUUGCUUUCUCUUUUUCUCUCUCUCUCCCUCUCUCUCUCUCUCCCCACUCUUCUUUAGUGCGAAAACUACUACUUAUUACUAUUACCACUACUGCUACCACAACUUAGAAAAUGUCGCUACUUGAACGCACUGCCACUAUGCAAGAUCUUAUUAAGGACGUCGAUGCGCUCUUUGCACCUUCUUCAACAACCCCGUCAGAAAAAUCGACGCCAUCCUGUACUUCUUCUACUACAACAAUGAAAACACAAUCAACAACGCCGUCUAUAUUUGCCAUGAUCUAUGAUUUUCUUGCUUCCACUGCUACUACUGCUACCGACGAAUCAACGACCACUGUACCGACCCUGACAGCAAUCCCGACUCGAACGGGCUUUUUACCGCAUUCUCCAGUCGCCAAGCCUGAUGUGUCAACCUCUCCUAUUGCCAUCAUCUCCACAACAACAAACAUAGACGACGAGUGUCCUUCGCUGAGUAGCAGUCUGAGUUCCUCAUAUUCGUCGUCUUCGUCCUCGUCCAGCACCAAUAACGGUUUCGGAUUGUCGAGCGACGAUAGCUUGGCGGCGCUAUCGGACAUGCUGUUCUCAUCCUUUGACAACGGUAACGCCGCAACUGCCGCCGCUAAUACUGUCAACAGCAACCCGAAUGCCACUAGCGACCACAAUACCGAUUCAUCAACAUCAUCCUCCUCACCACCCAAAAACUGUCUAUGCACGACGAUGGUGUUAAGCAACAGUGCUGAUUGUGAAGAACAUAACUGGGACGAGAUGCAGAGGGAAUGGGAACGGGCAGAGGAGAAACAAGUGCCUACACCCGAGAAGGUGCCUCGACCUGGUCGCGAACUGCGGGCGAACGCAGCUCAUUUGCGAAUGAUUGCUGCUGAACUUAACAUGAUGCGUGCCAACAAAAUCAUCUGCCCUUUGCGUCCGCGGUUCCAUUUGCCUCGACGGUCAGAUCCAUUUGUUGCCUCGCGAUCAAGUCCGUUGCGCGGUCGUGUUGUUGCUUUGGCAGCAUAAAGUGACAAGAGAUCAUCAUCACGCUCACCGACCGCUCUCAGGGUGGAAGAACAAGCCAGUGUAUACCCCCUCCUCCUUCCAUCUAUAUUCCCCACUGCUGUUAUCUACAUAGUAUCCUUAGUUAUACACAUUUUCUCUCUCUCUCUCUCUCUAAUGUCUUCUUGUACAUAUAUAUUAUACCAUGCAUCAUCAUCUUGCCUUGUCAUGCACACAUACUCUUCCUCUAGCAGCAGCAGCAGCAGCAGCAAACUGCAGCUGAAGAUUUGCUUCCGACAUAUAGAAAAGUUUUGAUUGGUUCCUUUGUCUAAAACUGAGUGUCAAUAAAAUGCUUACCACAUCCUUUACCCGACCAAAAAGCGCUG